AUUUUUAUUCUUGUGAUUAUUAUCAUUAAAUCUACAAAUUGUGAGGUUAUGUUAGAACAUAAUAAACUUGUUAUGACUUAUGAACAUGUUUUGGAGUAUAUGAAUUAGGUAAAAUAUUAAUCUUGUAAAUUUACUUUCAAAAUGCCUCUGAAAAAGAAAAAGUUUCAAUCUGGCGAAGGAGCGAGAUAUGUAACAAGACGAGCUGCAUUGAAUAAGCUCCAAUUAUCUUUAAAAGAUUUUCGUACAUUAUGUAUAAUAAAAGGUAUUUAUCCAAGAGAACCAGCUCAUCGUCGUCGUGCUCAAAAAGGAAAAAGUGGCAUACAAAUACUAUACUUAAAAAAAGAUAUUUUAUUUUUGAUGCAUGAACCCAUGAUAUGGAAACUACGUGAAUUACAAGUUCAUCUUAAAAGAUUGAAAAGAGCUAAGGGUAUGCACCAAAAAGAUUUAGUAAAACGAUAUUCUAGUACUAUACCUCGUAUAAGUAUUGAUCAUGUUGUUAAAGAAAGGUAUCCGACUUUUAUUGAUGCCUUGCGAGAUAUGGAUGAUGCUUUAACUUUAUGUUGCUUGUUUGCUACAUUUCCUAAGAUGAUAAGCAUUCCUCCUAAUCUAAUAGCCUUGUGUCGUCGCCUCACUAUUGAAUUUAUGCAUUAUUGUAUCGCUGCACGAGCUCUUCGUAAAGUAUUUAUAUCAAUAAAAGGAAUUUAUUUCCAAGUAGAAAUUAAAGGUCAGCUUAUAACUUGGAUUAUACCACACAAUUAUCCUCAUGAACCUCAAAAAAAACAAGAAGUUGAUUUUUAUACAAUGGCAACUUUUGCCGACUUUUAUUCUACAGCUAUUGGGUUUGUUAACUAUCGUUUAUAUCAUACCAUUAACUUGUACUAUCCACCUCGUUUGGGAACCUAUAAUGCGGAAAACUUAGAAGAAGAAAUCUUGGAAGAAAACGAAACAAGUGAUAGAGUAGCUGCUUUAAAUUUAGCUUUACAAAAAACUGCAGAAGAUGUCGAAGAUCCAGCAGAUGAAGAGUUAGAUUUAGAUGCUUUUCCUUUAGAAGGUGAUGAAGCAAAAGCAGAAGAAGCUCGUAAAGAAUAUGAAAAAGUAAGAAAAUUAAAAAAAUUAUUUGAAGGUCUAAAAGUUUUCCUAAAUAGAGAAGUGCCUAGAGAGCCCCUAGUAUUUGCAUUGCGUUGUUUUGGAGCUAAAGUAUCUUGGGAUGAGACAACUUUCCCUGAAGGUGCAUUAUUUCCAGAAACUGAUGAGACUAUUACUCAUCAAAUUGUUGAUAGACCUGACAUUCAAAAACAGUACAUUUCUAGGUAUUAUAUUCAACCUCAAUGGGUUUUUGACUGUGUAAAUGCUCGUGAAUUAUUACCAGUUGAAAAAUAUUUUAUUGGUAUGGUUUUGCCACCACAUCUUUCACCAUUUACUGUAGAAUAUAAAACUCAGCGAUAUAUUCCACCUGAAGAAAAAGCCCUUACAGAUCCUACUGCAAUGCCCAACACUGAUCAAGAAUUGUUAGAUGAUAUUUCUGAUAAUGAUAUUGAAGACAUAGAUGAUGAGAAAAAUGAAUUGGAUGAUGAUAAAAAAAUGGAUAGUGAUACGAGUAUUGAAGAAGAUGAAUUUGAUGGAGAAAUAACUGAAGAAAUAUUGGCCAAUAUGAAACGUAAAAAAAUGAAAGUAGAAUCAGGUACACCAGAAUUUGUAAACAAAGGAAAACUUAGACAAGAAAUGAAGCAAUUACAGUUACUGAAAGAAAAAAUGAUUCAAAAGAAGUAUAAAAAUUUGUACAAAAGUAUGAAAUCAGGAAGAAUAAAGAGAGAAAAAGAAAUUAAAUUACUCAAAUAUAAAAGACGUAUACAUGAGAGGAGUAAUCUAGAAUCAAGGCGUGCAGAAAUUAAAGCUAGAAGAGCACAAGCAGCAACUUUAGUAUAAUUUCUAGAUUGUUAUUAUAUUUCUUAAUAACAAUUGUAAUAAAUAUUUUUUUAUCAUCAUAUUAA